AUGCUGGUAGUAUCAUUCUUAGCACUUUUUUUUUUGGUAAGGUUUAAAAUGGGGUAUUGCGAUGUGGCUAUUGUGGCGCCAGAACCUAACUCCGUUUAUGACUUAUCAGGUUCAAGUCAGGCCACCAUCAAAGUAAAAUGGAUGCAUACAGAUAACACUCCUCAGGAGAAAGAGUUUAUUAAAUAUACGUUUAUUCUGUGCUCGGGAACUAAUGCUAUGAUCGAAGCAAUGGCUACGCUUCAAACCCUGGCUGCAACAGAAUUGACAGGCAACGAGUUUAAUGCUAUCAUAGAAAACACUGUUGGAACAGACGGUGUUUAUUUUAUUCAGGUCUUUGCACAAACUGCUAUUGGUUAUACCAUCCAUUAUACUAACAGGUUCAAACUGAAAGGGAUGGUAGGUUCAAAAUUGGCUAAUCCGAGCAUGAUAACCAUUGCACCCGAAGCACAGACAAGAAUUACCACGGGAGAUCUUGGUGCCACCAUCGAUUCUAAGAGUUUUACCGUUCCUUACAAUUUGCAAACAGGUGUUGUAAAAUAUGCCCCUAUGCAACUCCAACCGGCUACAAGGGUAACGGCAAAGACAUGGAAGAGAAAAUACGCUACUAGUGAAGUAACAUACUACUACACCCUAAGAAAUUCUGUUGAUCAACAUACUACUGUAACGCCAGGGUGGUCGUACACGAUUACAGCUGAUAGUAACUAUGCAACGCCGGCUCCUAUGCCGGCUGAUAACGGCGGUUGGUACAAUCCUCGCAAGCGACUAUCUUUAACGGCAAGAAAAAUCAAUGCUUUGAAAAGAAGGCAAUGA